UUGUGAUUUGGGGUUUCUCGCAGAGGUGGAGCAGGGCAUGGGGGUCCUGAACAGCGGGGUGGUGUACGCGCUGUGGGAUUACAGCGCCGAGUUCGGGGACGAGCUGUCGUUCCGCGAGGGGCAGCCGGUGACGGUGCUGCGGCGUCAGCCCCCUGACGAGCUCGAGUGGUGGUGGGGGUCCCUGUACGGCCACGAGGGCUACGUGCCCCGCAACUACUUCGGGCUCUUCCCGAGGGUGCGGCCGCAACGGAAGAAAAUCUGAGGAGGGGUCCUGGGGGAUUCCUUUGUUGUCCCCCCCACCACUCUGUGGUGUCCGUCCCUGCCCCUCCCCCCCGGUGUCACAGGGGUGUCCCCCCACCCCUUUUUUUUGGGAACUUGGGGAAUAAAAAGACUUUGAAUGAUC